AUGCAGCCCGGUGAUAAUCCACCGACGCUGCCGUUUCCACUCAGUCCGCUACUGCUCUUGAGUGCCGCCGGCGGCGGUGUCAGCGAUUUCCGGGAGGGAGGGUUCGAAUUGUCCAGGUACUUGUUCCUGGGAUCGCUGCUCUUCUCGCGCGAAGGAGGCGGCAUGGACCUGUCCAAGGUCGGAGAGAAGAUCUUCAGCUCCGUACGCUCUGCCCGCUCACUUGGUCUCCUGCCUUCCACAUCCGAUCGUCCAGAGGUUCCAGCACGAGCUGCGGCAGCAGCAGCUGUAGCUCGUGUUCUUGCUGGUCUACCACCACAUCAGAGGCAUAAUCUCUCUUCAAGCUCUGAAGAAUUGAGUUCAAUAUAUGGGAGCAAACCUCAAGGUCAAACUGUUGAUGAGCUUGAGAGGGAAUUCUAUGAGGAGGAUUUUGACCCUGUUAGAUAUAUUUUGGAACAAAUUCCCUCUGAAGAAAAUGAAGCAGCUUACUUUGAGGAAAAGGCUGCUCUUCGAUUGGCACAACUGGAUAAAAUUUCUGAGCGCUUGUCACACCAUGUUAUGGAGCAUCAUGAAGAAAUGGUGAAGGGAAUGAAUCUGGUAAGAGAAUUAGAGAAGGACUUGAAGAUUGCAAAUGUUAUUUGCAUGAAUGGUCGAAGGCACCUUACCUCGUCAAGGAACGAGGUCUCUAGGGACCUAAUUGUUACAGACAAUUCCAAAAGGAAACAAUCUCUUCUGGACAUUUUCCCCAUCCUUACCGAGCUAUCUCAUGCAGUGGACAUGCAAGUGGCUCUUGAAACUUGUGUUGAUGAAGGGAACUUCUCAAAGGCUUUCCAAGUCCUUCCUGAAUAUUUGCAAAUUUUGGAUAGACUGUCAGAUCUUUCCGCAGUGCAAGACUUGAACCGUGGUGUUGAGGUUUGGUUGGGAAGGACUCUGCAAAAGUUGGAUUCACUUGUAUUGGAAGUGUGCCGGGACUUCAAAGAGGAUGGUUAUCUCACCGUAGUUGAUGCGUAUGCACUGAUUGGUGAUGUUUCUGGUCUAGCUGAAAAGAUUCAAAGCUUUUUCAUGCAGGAAGUUCUGUCUGAAAGUCACUCUGAAUUAAGGAUCAUAUUGCAAGAGGAUGUUGAAAAUCCCAAUUUGCACAUUAAUAGGCUUACAUACAGUGAUUUGUGCAUUCGGAUACCUGAAUCCAAGUUCCGGCAGUGUUUGCUUGCAACACUAGGUGUUCUUUUUAAGCUGAUGUGUUCGUAUUAUGCAAUAACGAGCUUCCAACUAGAAGAAAAAGUGUCAACUUGCCAUGACAAGGAACAUGCCGACUUACCUAGAGUCCCGUAUGAUUCGGGCAGAGAAGUUUCUGGUACUUCUCUGCCAGAAGGUGGUUCGGUUCCUGCAUCAACUGAUAGAAAAUCUCUUUCGUCCUCAGUCACAGUACCAUCAGAAGGGUGUCCUUCUAUUUCUGAUGCUACAGAAACCGACAGAUCCAAGUUCACCGAUCAUCCAACUGAUGAGGGACGAGAUGAUGGAAGCGAAGCGUCAAGCAGUGGGUCCCCUUGGUUCUUACUGCGAAAAGAUGCAGUGACCUUUGUUUCGCAUGCCUUGCAAAGGGGACGUAGGAACCUUUGGCAGCUUACAACGAGCCGUGUGUCAGUUUUGCUGUCUUCCCCAGCAGUUUAUUCCUCCAGCAUUCAUCAAUUUUUAAGAAAUUAUGAAGAUCUGAGCAUAUUCAUCCUUGCUGGGGAAGCUUUUUGUGGGGCAGAAGCAAUUGAAUUCCGCCAGAAACUCAAAUCCAUUUGCGAAGGUUAUUUUUCUGCUUUUCACCGGCAGAAUAUAUAUGCUUUAAAAAUGGUAAUGGAGAAGGAGACUUGGCAGAUAUUGCCACUAGAUACAAUUCAAGUAGUUAGUUUCCCGGGAUUGGUGGGUGAUGGAGCCGCUCUCAUAGUUUCAUCUGACAAAGCUCCUAGUGCCAGAUCACUGCAUGACAACAGAUCUGUUGGUACAGUUCUUAAUGGGUCAAAGAAGGGUGGGUUCUCCUAUUGGCAAGGAAAUGGGAACCUUUUCCGGUCAAAACUGAGUGGCAGUUCUGAGGAUUAUUCCGAUUUCUUUCACCACAAUGGUUUGGCUACACAAGAAGCUCAAAAUAAUGAUACAAGAACUCAACAAACUAGGACUUCUUCAAAAAGUGGUGAUGAACACCAUAUAAAUGGGGCGAUUUCAGAGGAUGAAAAUGAAGAUCUCCUUGCUGAUUUUAUUGAUGAAGAUAGUCAGCUUCCUAGUCGAAUAUUCAAGCCAAGUCAUUCAAAGCAUAACUCUUUACGUGGGAAUGAUGGGGAUUUGACAGCACAAACUGGAUCUUCUCUUAGCCUCCUCAGAUUGAUGGACAAAUAUGCAAGACUGAUGCAGAAAUUAGAAAUCAUCAAUGUUGAGUUCUUUAAGGGAAUUUGCCAGUUGUUUGGGAUUUUUUUCCAUUUUGUAUUUGAGUCGUUCUGUGAGCAUAAUGCUCAACCUAGUGGAAAAGGUUUACACGACUCUAUUCCUUACAAGCUAAAGGCUGCACUAUCAAGAAUCACACAAGAUUGUGACCAGUGGAUAAAACCACAGCCUACCUCAGUGUCGUCUUCGUCCCCAACUUCUUCAGGUGCACCAUUCAGUAAUGUGGAUGUAACUCCUACCAGUCCUGCAAGUCACAUAAAUCAUACAUCCUUUUCGCUCAAGGAGAGAUGUGCGGCAGCUGACACAAUAUCUGUGGUUGCUCAAUUAUUGUAUAGAUCUAAGUCUCAUCUCCAGUCGAGGUUUCUGCAGAACAAUGGGGCCAUGGUUGACGACUUCUAUGCCCAUCUGGUGGAUGCUGUGCCUGAUCUUACUCAGCUCAUACAUAGAACAACUGCAAAAUUGCUACUCCAUAUCAAUGGGUAUGUGGAUCGCAUUGCCAAUGCUAAAUGGGAGGUGAAAGAGCUUGGAUUAGAGCAUAAUGGCUACGUUGAUUUAUUACUUGGAGAAUUUAAGCACUACAAAACAAGGCUUGCUCAUGGGGACAUACAGAAAGAGGUUCAAGACCUCCUCCUAGAAUGCGGAAUUGAAACUGUUGCCGAAACUCUUAUUGAGGGCCUAUCUAGGGUGAAAAGGUGUACUGAUGAGGGGCGGGCUCUCAUGUCGCUUGAUCUACAGGUUUUAAUAAAUGGCCUAAAGCAUUUUGUCUCCAUUGAUGUCCGACCCAAAUUGCAGAUAGUUGAAACUUUUAUCAAGGCCUACUAUCUACCAGAAACAGAAUAUGUUCACUGGUCCCGCGCCCAUCCGGAAUACAGUAAAAACCAAAUUGUGGGGCUUAUCAACCUCGUCGCCACUAUGAAAGGCUGGAAAAGGAAAACCAGGUUGGAGGUGUUAGAAAAGAUAGAAUGA